ACUUAUUUGUUUCGCCGAAUGAUUCUGAUAAUCUGGCUUCUUAUAAUAGAUAAAAAAUGUAUUUGUAAACGUCAAAUUAUUUAAAGAAAUUUUAAGGUUACAAACAAGAAAACACUUUUCCUUGGAGUCGCAGUAGAUUUGGUUAUUUGUUUCCCUAAACGGGCAUUGGAGAAAUUGGAAUGAGUACACCAUACAAAACAUACCUUAAUCAAAUAAGGGAAAAACCUGUCAUCCAUGCCUAUAAUAUUUUGAUGAAUAUUACUUAAGACUCACUUAUUAAUGGAACAUUUGAGAUGGUAACUCUCUUAAGUAAAAUUCAUUUUUGGACCACUCAGGAAGAUGUAAUUCUAAAAAGCACUGAUUGGGGAGCAUUCAAAUACUAUUUUAAGAAAGAUUCAGGCAGUUCUGUUUAUGAGCAAGCCAAGAAGCAGUAUUGUGACCAAAGUGGCAUUUUAUAUGUUCCUCACAACAAAAGACCAGAAAAACUAAGAGAUAAGUUAAAGGAGUUUGAAGAACACCUAAUUCACAAUAAAGUUGUUUGUUAUUCCUGGGACAAUAACAAGUUAAAAUUGUUGUUGUCCACAGGGUUAAUUACUGUUUUAACAUUAAACGAAAGAACUGGGGACUUAUUGAGCAUUAGCUUUGAUAAACAACUCUCUUCAAAACUUCAGGUUAAUAUAAUUUGUGACGGUAUAUUGUUUGGGUCACAAGUAAUUUGCGUCUGCAAUGAUGGCCAUGUACUUGGGUUUGGUGGCCCAUGGAGAGAUGGUUGGGUGCUUGAGGGAAGUGCAAGACGUCAUCUUAACUUUCAUAAUGAUUGGUUAGUGGCUUGGGGUAAGGCGGGAGCAGAACACCCUCAACCUUGGAGUCCCUUGGCAAAGGACCAUCAAAGGGCUAAUUUGCAUUUAUAUGGCAUUGGAGUUAGGGAGCCUGAAUUGUUAGCUUAUAAGAAAACUGAAGGCGAACCUCUUCUAGUUGUUAUAAGCAAAGUUUCUAAAGGCACUAUUAUUUUAGUGGAACAGAAAGUCACACAAAAAGGAGCAGUGUCAAUUGAAGUUAUCAACUUUGAAUUAAUUGGAAACAAUUUAAAGAGAAUUUCGGUCACCUCAGUGCCUCUUCAGACCCAAGUCAGCUGUUCUGCUUUAAGUGAUUCAGAAGAUCGUUUACUUAUUGGAUGUAUAGAUGGAAGUUUGGCGCUUUUAGAUCGAAACCGCGGUUCGACAAGAACAAUUAAAGCUUCAUUUAUACCAACACUUGCCUGUUGGCAUCAACAAAGCGUUUUAGUUGCAAUUGCGAACGAACGAGGCCUCAUACAGUAUUAUGACACUGCUUUGACUUGCGUUAAAAGUCAAUUUUUAAGCGAAGAUUGCACUCCAACCGCGUUGUUAGAUUUAUCAGGUUAUUUCAGUGCCCAGUCCAGAAUUGUUUCAGUCAAUUGGGGUCCUAAAGACUUGAUCGUUUCUUUCGAGCAAGGACCAUUGGCCUUAAUCACGCAUGUUGUAGGCUCUUUAAAUUUUAAAACAAUUGGAAAGAGAUAUCUUGACUCGGGAAAAGUUGACAAAGCAAUUAAGUUACUAUUAAGUUGGGAAUUUAAUGAAAAAUCGUUUUACAUUUUGCAAAAAAUUGUCGCUUAUUUGCUAAGAAGGCCGCUGUCUGACGAAAUCGCGCAGCAUUUACAAAAUGCCCUGGGUAGUUUUCACAGUCCCGCUCUCCCUCUGUCGUAUCAGGUUAGACAUCGAUUUGGCCAUCAGGUGUUUUCGCUUACGAGACGUUUUUUCCACCAACUGGUAAGAGCCAGUAUGUUUGAAACUGCGUUCUUGUUGGCCGUCGACAUAGGCCAUCAUGAUUUGUUUAUGGAUCUCCACUAUAUUGCCGUAAAAAUCGGUGAAACUGAAAUGGCGGCUGCUGCCAGAGCUCAGGCAUCUGCAUUAUUAAGUCGGUGUUCAAGUGAAGCUUCAAACUGCUCUCGUUCCUCAUGUUCUCAAUGUUCCGAUGGUGAAAGUUGCAGCAGCGAGGAGCAGUUCAGUAAAACAAACAUAAACUUAGAGUCAGGGAACCAUAACGGUCAAUAUGUCUCUCCUAUUACUGAAAAUAUUUUGACGACCGAUUUUAAUCAUGCCAUUCCCACCACUUAUAAAACUGCGGAGAAAGAUCCCGUGGAUAGGAAGAGUAACGACUCUCACAAAUUCAAUUUCGCGCCGAGGGCAACGUACGUUCAAUCACCUCGGGUCCCAGAGAGUUUCGUAAAACUGUCUCAAGUGCCGACGCCUUCGAUUCCGCCUUUACCGUUCCAUAGUGCUUUAGGAAUACCCUACAUUCAACAAUACGCGGAAACCAUGUUCAGUCCGCACCAAAUAAACAAUACAAACUAUAUCGGAGGCACCAACUGUCCAACACCAGCGACAUAUGCCGCAUUUAAUGCAAGCAACAGUGUAAAAACCAGUUUCACUUCGAUCAACAAGUUGUUGCCCCCGCCCCUGCCCACCGUCUCUAUUGGCUCUGCCUAUCAAUCGAUCGCUUCCAGCUCUUCCUCGAAUUUGACCAACGACCUUAUAAAUUUAGGCGGUUUUCCUUUGUUGAGCGGGAGUAGUCACCCAUCUGUCGCAAACGCGACUAAGAAGAAUCAACCCAAAGUGAAAUUUUCCGACACGGUAACCGCUUUCAUCGUUCCGGAAAUUAAAAGGCCAGUACGACCGCCCCCUCCGCCUCACGUGACCGAUCCCAAGAGAGAACUGGCGGAAAGUUUACCCUUGUGUCACCCGAACGAGGACUAUUUAAAAGACUUUACGCCCGUGAGUCAGGAAGGGUCCGAGAGGAUCGAGGACGACACGCCUCAGCCUAAAAUUAAGGUCGUACACUUUGGCGUGGUAUGACAAAACU